GUGGUGCUCGCGCUCCCGGCGGCACCGAGGGCGGGGUGCGAUGGCGGCUGUCGUGGGGUUUGCGUCCGCGCCGGCCUCUCCCGCCGUGAGCGAGCUUUGCCAGAACAGGCGGGACAUUUUCCUGGAGGCUUCUCGGCUGCUCCUCACCUACGCGGACAACAUCCUCCGGAAUCCUUAUGAAGAAAAAUACAGGUUAAUUCGAAUUGGAAAUCCAGCAUUUUCCACGAGGCUGUUGCCUGUCAGAGGAGCAGUUGAAUGUUUAUUUGAGAUGGGAUUUCAAGAGGAAGAAACUCAUCUGGUUUUCCCUAAGGAAGCUUCAAUUGAACAGCUACGUAAAAUCAGAGACUUAAUUGCUGGAGAGAGGAGUAGCAGACUGAAUGAGUCAAAUCAAAUCCAUAGAUCAGGAUCCUCUGAAACUGUAGCCAGCACUCGGACAGUUGCACAUCAGCCUUCAAGACCUGCUGAGUCUGUUCUUGCCCCUGCCCAUCAGCAGCCAGAAGCAUCACUUGUGCAGUCUCUUGAAAUGGCUGCAAAUAUCUUGAAAACACUUCAAACAAAAUUCGAGCAUCUUGUAUUGAUGUAUGAGAAUCCUUCUAUUCAGCAGAAAGCACUAGCUUCAAUUCCCCUUCAGCAAUUGAAAAGAAAAGCUCAGAAAAAGCUAGCGCAAGCUACAAGACUGGACAAAGGUGCACAUGUGAAUGAAGAGGAUUUCUUACUGUUGGAGCUCUUGGACUGGUUUAAGAAUAACUUUUUUCACUGGGUAAAUAAUCUUCCCUGCAGCAGGUGUGGUGGGCAGACAGAGCCUAAAAGUGACUAUCUGUUGCCUGUUGACGAUGAGCUAAGGUGGAAUGCCAGUAGAGUGGAAAAUCAUUACUGCAGCCAGUGUCAGUUGUGUAAUAGAUUCCCAAGGUACAACCAUCCUGAAAAACUUCUGGAAACCAGAUGCGGACGCUGUGGCGAGUGGGCUAACUGUUUUACACUAUGUUGCAGAGCUGCAGGGUUUGAAGCUAGAUACGUCUGGGACUGUACAGAUCAUGUGUGGACUGAAGUAUAUUCUUCAGUUCAGAAAAGAUGGCUUCACUGUGAUCCCUGUGAAAAUGUCUGUGAUAAGCCUCUUCUCUAUGAAACUGGGUGGGGAAAGAAGCUUUCCUACAUAUUUGCAUUCUCCAAAGAUGAGGUUGUUGAUGUCACCUGGAGAUACAGCUGUAAACACGAAGAAGUACUUUCUAGAAGGACAGCCCUCAGUGAAGCUACGCUACGUGAAACAAUUAACGCACUGAAUAGAACGAGGCAACAGUCUUUGUCUGAAAAUAGAAGAAGAGAGCUCUUGGAAAGAACAAUUGUGGAGCUUGUUGAAUUCAUUUCUCCUAAAACGCCUAAACCCGGAGAAUAUGGUGGAAGGACAUCAGGUUCAAUGGCUUGGCGAGUAGCCAGAGGUGAAAUUGGUCCAGAGAAAAGAAAAGAAGUAAUUUUCAUUCCCUCUGAAAAAGAGAAGACAUCUAAACUCUUCCACCUCAUCUACAAUAUAGUAGAAGAUAGUUAUACACGGGUUUCCAGUAAUAAUGAAAAAAUAAGUGGUUGGGAAGCAGGUGUUUGGAAGGCAGAGUCUAUCUGGAGAAAGGUUGAAACAGAUUGGAAAAUGGUGUAUUUAGCCCGCAAAGAGGGGUCAUCCUCUGCUUCCAUCAGCUGGAAGUUUGAGUGCAAGUCAGUCAAUCUAAAAAUAGAUAACAUUUCAGUGAGGACAAGCAGUCAGACAUUUCAGAGUGGAAGAAUAAAGUGGAGGCUUUGCUCUCCAGCAGCGGAAAUUGAACUAAUAGGAGAUAAAAAUCUUUGCUCCUACUCAGAUUUUUCUGGUGCAACGGAAGUUACAUUGGAAGCAGUUCUAGAUGGAGGGAAUGGUGAAGCUGCAUGGCAACACACGCAGCUAUUUAGAGAGAGCUUAACAGGAAGUGGAGAAAAUUGCUUAGAGAUGAUUAUAAAACUCAGUGACCUCUGAGAACCUGAAAUGAAGAAAUGCCCUUUGAAUUCCUUGAAGUCCUUAUACCAUGGAUACAACAUACGAAGAUUUGGUCGUCAGUUCUUGUUCAUCCUGAUGAACAGAUAUUUUCUGUUUCACUUUCACUGCUCCCAUUUAACCAACUUGAAACUGCACUUGAAACUUCAUUUAACCAACUUGAAUAGGUAAACAUCACAAUGAAAACCUCUUUGCUUUAAAACCAAACAGCACCAGAAUUAAGGGAUUGAACCAUUAAAUGCCUUUCCUUAAACUUUAUAAUGAAAAGGAAACAUGUUUUUAGGAAGCAAAACAUGGUCACAGAGCAAUUGUAAUUUAUUUUAAUUUGGAGAUUUGGGAUUGGCUAGCUGGGGUAUUUUUUAGUUUGAGGGGGGUUGUUUUUUCUUUUUAAUAUAUAAUCUCCUUGGAAAAACAAUUUUAAUU